GGGAUAACAUGUGAAAAUAUUUCCAAAGCAAACCAGACUGGGUAUCCACCGAAUCCACCGGUGCGUGUCUGCCAGGAUCGUGUUUUACACAACCCAAUCUAUUAGCAGCAAUGGAAUGAAGGCGUGGACCUAAUAUCAUGUUGUCAUGUCAAAAUCUGAGAAGGCCACAGAGAGAUUUGUGAAGUGUUAGGUAAGAUAUAUCAGGACUUGAAGCUAAUUUUUUAUUUCACCAGUCCAGACGGACUGAUGGGGUAUAAUUUCAACCAGUCCGCAGAAAAAUUUAACAGUCCAACAGUUUUCCAGAAAUAAAACCAAGAGCUACCACCAACCAAAUCCAAAAGGAUUAAGGUGUUGGUGAUGGAGGAGGGUGCAGACAAAGAGAGUAUCAACAGUGAAGACAAUCUAAUACAGACUUCUCGGCAGGAAAACCCAACAGAAGAAAAUAUGGCAGAGGACCAACAAAAAUCUAAAGAGAAAGUUGAAGACAAACCAGACGUGGAAGUGUCCAAUGAUCCAGCACCAGAGAGCAAAGCAGAGGUCGGCAACAACAACACCCACAAGCAGAAACCAGAGGUUGGCAACAACAACACCCACAAGCAGAAACCAGAGGUUGGCAACAACAACACCCGCAAGCAGAAACCAGAGGAGGACAUCAUUCUUGUGAACAUGGAGGAAUCUCAAACUGAAACAAAUCAGAACGACACCAAAGAAAAGGAAAAAGCUGAAAACGGACGGUUAAUGGGCAUGAAAACUAAAAUACUGACGGCAUUCUCAGGAGGCAGGUCAAAAGAGAAGGAAGAGGAUAAUGUCACAACUAAAGAUGUGGAAGUGAGUUUUGAUUUGAACAGUAAGGAGAGCAAAGGUAGAUCUUCCAGAAAGGAGAAAGAUCUUGUGAAGAGGAUUCGAGAUGUAGAAGAGGGGGUAUUUUCAGUAACCAAAGAGGAUUUAGAGAGGAAGAAGGACAGAAAAUCCGAGGAGGAUGAAGUAGAUUCAGCCUCUGUUUGGUCUUAUUUCAUGCCCAAGAAGAAUUUCCAGUACUAUUUUCAGCAUCCAUAUUUAAGGCUCUUUAUAGUAUACUUUGUGACCUUCUGUAAUUUUCUUAUUUAUGCUGAGGACCCUGUGGCCCACUCUAUGAAGGAAUGCACCAUUCCACUGGUGGGAAAUGACUUUGCUUUUGUUGCUACCAGAUAUGCUCCCAAUGCUUGGAGCUUGCUCAAGGUUUUCCUUUGGCUUGUUGCUAUCCUAAUUGGCAUCCUGCUUGGAAAAUUCCUGGUUCAUGGCUUAUUCUUCAACCGGGUAUGUCGGCUGAAGAUGUUUGAGGAUGAUAUGGGUUCCUUCAUGGUGAUCUUCCUUACAACUCUCAUUGUCCUUUUCAUCUUCUCCUGGAUCUAUAAUCUGUUCUUGCUGAUUGGGGGAAGUGACACGGACAAUUAUCGAAUCUCCGAUCUCAUGGGCGUGAGCAACUCCAUCUUUAUGAAAAUGGCUGCCACCGGCACCUGGUGUGGCGACUUCUUCACAGCUUGGAUGGUGACUGACAUGAUGCUACAGGAAAAGUUGUACCCACUGUGGGCUGUUGGGGCACGGCGGUGGUGGAACACUGGAUACCGCCGCAUCAUAUUGUUCUGGACUAUCACCACACUUGCCACAUUUAUUGUGAUUCUUGUGAUUGCCACAGAUUACAUCCAAUGGGACAAGCUGAAUAGAGAUUUUCUCCACUCUAAUGAGGUGUCCAGGGCCUUCCUAGCCUCGUUCAUUCUCGUGAUGGAUAUUCUCAUUGUUCUUCAGGACUGGGAUUUUCCACAUUUUGUCAGUGCAAUUGAUAUUAAGUUACCCGGUGUUAACACAGCUCAUAUCAAGUUCAACAUCCCCACUUGUCUGAAGAGGGAGGUGUGGAAAGUCCACAUCACAGGAAAGUGGUUUAACUAUGGAAUCCUGUUUCUUGUAAUGAUAUUAGACCUAAACAUGUGGAAGAACCAGAUCUUUUACGGCCCGUUUGACUACGGUCAGUACACAGAUUCUGAUGGCAAAAUUCAUAGUGUCACUGAUGAGUACAGUUUGAAGACGUUCAACGAGUCACAGCUGUCCUACAGUUAUAGAUCAGUGACGAUUAAUCCGGUCACUAACACGACAUACCUCACUGGAGACACAGUGAUGAACGCUCGUUAUAAUGGCUACCACCUUGCUAUCAAGUUGAUUGCUCUUAUUCCAUCAUUUGCAGCGUUUCUUACAUUCGGAAUUCUCUUGUGGAAGUUUGGCAGACGUGUUCCUCAUGAUAGAGACGUGUACGCAGGUCGGCUUAAGAAGCGACGCAGAGAUGGAAAUAAGGUCAAAUUUAAUAAGUUCAGAGGUUUUGCUGCAAUGGUGAGGGCUUUUAAGCUACGACCAAAGGUUAAUGAUAACCGACCAGACUUGGUCUCCUACGAAAUGACUAAUAGCAGCAAUGCUGAGAAUUCCCAUGAUUCAGCUUCCUGAUUACAGACUUCUUCAGAGUUAUCUCUCUUUAUCCAUAUUUGCGAAGUCAUUAUUCUGCCAUGUUGUCAUAAGAUUUUAUAAUAUCAUGUUAAAAGACAUAAUAUAAUUUUGUAUUUUGAAACAAAUAUGGUUAUUUUCCUAAAAUGCUGUGCCCAUUGCUGGGUCCACAUACUGAAUAUACUAGUAUUUAUUUUAGUUCUAUUUUCUGUAUUACAUGCUGCUGAUGAGCUCACCUGAGCUUUUCUGAUCAUAUUUUGUUUAGUGUCUGUAGGUAAGUAUGAAUGUCUCUCUGUAAUUUAGUAUGUAAGCAUCUUUUACAUAGUGUGAAAUGAAAAGGUGUUUUUUUUUACAUAUAUAUACCAAACUAUGACCACAGUGGACUAUUUAGUUAUAAAACUAGUUGGACAUUGUACCAGGCCAUUGUAUUAACUAUAUGUAAGAUUUUCUAAUGGCACUGGCAAAUAUUUUGUCUCAAAUUUCAUGUUGGCCUGAAAAUUGUGAUCUCUCAAAUUAAUAUUAUACAGUAAAAUAUCUCUAUCUCGAAGUCCGAGGGACUUCAAAAAAACUUUGAGAUAUCCAGGGGUUUGAGAUAUCCAAAUUCGAUCUUGAAUAUUUUUUUUAAUGUAAUGAGGAAGCGUGUAUUAUCAAAUGCGUUCUCGUAAUUAUGGGCAUUACUUUUUUCAAGCGCACUUCGACAAUUUCGUUCGUUUAUCUAAACCACAUGAUAAUGAUAUAGUGUGUAUCAUUCCAAACACCGUCCCUGGAAUCGGGCGUAUUAGUUCAUAAUUGGCGGUGGACUUCAUCCGUAAUGUGGGAAGGCCUCACUAAUUACCCAAGCUGUUGAACCAAUUAUUGCGACCUGGGUCUACUCGAAAAAGGCGAGCGUGGAUUAGCAGUCGAUUGGUGAAGCCGCGGGCGUGAAUGUGGGACUUAACGACACCAGGUAUGGUAAGCAGAACGGAAAAUUGACUGCACUUCAAAAUAAACCAGGUGAAUUUAGGGCAUGGGACCUUGAAAAUACUUCGAAAUAAGCGGGGUAUUCGAGAUUACCAUGUUCGAAAUAUCCGAAGUUUUUUUUAAUCAUUUAUAUAGGGAACACGGUUGGGACCAGUGGUCGACUUCGACUCAAGCGGGGUAUUCGAGAUAAACCAUAUUCGAGAUACAGAUAUUUUACUGUAAUUUGUUUCCUUCAUUAUCACUGAAUUUUUAAGAUAGUAAGUAAUCACCUCUAAAACAUUUAUGUAACCAUAUACAUUUUAUACUAGAAAUAAAAAUAACUUCUUGACAUGUAAUAGGUUUAGAGCAAUAAUAUUUAGAUAUAUUUAUUUAUACAUAUUAAUGAUAUACCUAUUUAUGUCUUUUAAUACAGCAUUUUUGUAUUACAUUUACUACACAUCAAUAUGUUGUAUAUUUUUCAAUGCUGUUGAUUUUUUAUUUUUUUAUUUUUUGGAAAAUAUUUGUGAUUACAAUCAAAAUAUCCAGAAUAAACACUGAAGUACAGUCCAACAUAAAUGCAUGUAAUUCAUGACAGAUUUAUGCAUUUUUAGGUCACCUAAGUGACUAACUCACUAUUGUAACGUGCCUGUAGUGAUUAUAGUUCACCAUUGUGUAUCAUAUGAUUACGUUAAAAUUUGAACAUAUCCAACUUCUCCUCGAACACUACUGAUAAAAUACUUGGCACAGUUUGUUUAUGGUAUCUUUAUGGGUAGAGUAGCAAAAGUCCUGAAUUGUAUGGUCCUAUUUUGCCUGGGGCUUUGUGUUGUAACAAAGCUAAAAAAAAAAAUAUAAUGUGAUUUUUAAAACUGUUCUUAAUUUACUUCUGAUCAAUAAGGAGACAAUUAAUAUAAAUGCAAAGUUGUAAUGAAGGCAGGGCCAAGUUAUCAAAUUCUUAAAAUGAACUGAAUCUUUAAAAAUGGGGUUUAAGCCUGAACUUUUAACUGACAAACUGGGAUCAAGAUUACAAUGAUUGGGUCUCUACCACAUGAAUUUCAUGGCCUCUGGGUCAGGGGUUACCCCAGCGCAGAACUAUUUGGAUCUCAUAACAGUAACAUGUAUACUGAAACUGCUGCAAGUCUUCAAAAUGGUUUUCACAUUAUGCUACAGAAGUUUUAGAUGUCAUGACAUAUCAUUUAAAGGUUAAGUUUUAGAUGUCAUGACAUAUCAUUUAAAGGUUUUGAAUUGCAGAAUAUAAAAAUUUGCACCCUAGGUUCAAGGUGAAGUCAGGUCGAUGAGUGCAGAAAAUCAAAAUUUUAAAAAAUGUUUGUGAAAUUGCACGAUGUCUUCAGGGGUAGAAUUUAAAGAUGAACACCCUGUGGAUGGGAGUAGGAAGGGGUGAGAGUAGGAAGGGGUGAGAGUAGGAAGGUAUGAGAGUAAGAAGGGGUAAGAGUAGGAAGGGGUGAGGAAAGUAGGAAGGGAUGAGAGUAGGAAGGGGUGAGGAGAGUAGGAAGGGGUGAGGAGAGUAGGAAGGGAUGAGAGUAAGAAGGGGUAAGAGUAGGAAGGAAUGAGAGUAGGAAGGGAUGAGGAGAGUAGGAAGGGGUGAGGAGAAUAGGAAGGGAUGGGAGUAGGAAGUGGUGAGAGUAGGAAAUGAUGGGAGUAGGAAGGGAUGAGAGUAGGAAAGGGUGAGAGUAGAAAGGGGUGAGAAUAGGAAGGGAUGAGGAAAGUAGGAAGGGGUGAGGAGAGUAGGAAGGGGUGAGAGUAAGAAAGAAUGAGAGUGGGAAGGGGUGAGAGUAGGAAAGGAUGAGGAGAGUAGGAAGGGGUGAGGAGAGUAAGGAGGGGUGAGAGUAGGAAGGGAUGACAGAAGGAAGGCAUGAGAGUAGGAAGGGGUGGGAGGAGAAAGGAGUAGGAGGAAUGGGUGAGAGUAAGAAGGGAUAGCUAACUGAGUCCUUAAUUAAAGUUUUAGUAAGGUUUCUGUUUGACAUAUAAUUUGAAGGGACUUAAAAAGUUAGAAUAUGUUUUAAAGAUGGUUACUCUUAGUGGGAUGUAGUUAAGUCAUCAUGUUGAAAAUUUUAAUAACUAUCAUACCAAAUAUGAUUGAUACUUAUGUACUAGCAAGAAGCAACAGUUCCAUUUUUGAUUUUAAGUAAGUAGGAGUUAUAAACUGUGGGUUGGCUUUUUCUGCAUUAAGAACAUAAAAAACAAAAUAUGUCAUUUAAAUCAUUCUACAAGUCAGAUAUUACCUACAAUUCAAAUGAUACAAUAGUUCCAGAAUGUACAAUACAAACUGUCUGCUGCGGUCAUACAGCUCAGCACGGGAAGUGUAAAUGUCUAAACACAGCCCAGCACAGAGAGUGUAAAUGUCUAAACACACAGCCCAGCACAGAGAGGGUACAUGUCUAAACACACAGCCCAGCACAGAGAGUGUAAAUGUCUAAACACACAGCCCAGCACAGAGAGUGUACAUGUCUAAACACACAGCCCAGCACAGAGAGUGUAAAUGUCUAAACACACAGCCCAGCACAGAGAGUGUACAUGUCUAAACACACAGCCCAGCACAGAGAGUGUACAUGUCUAAACACACAGCCCAGCACAGAGAGGGUAAAUGUCUAAACACACAUUCCAGCACAGAGAGGGUAAAUGUCUAAACACACAGCACAGAGAGGGUAAAUGUCUAAACACACAGCCUAGCACAGAGAGUGUAAAUGUCUAAACACACAGCCCAGCAGAGAGAGGGUAAAUGUCUAAACACACAUUCCAGCACAGAGAGGGUAAAUGUCUAAACACACAGCACAGAGAGGGUAAAUGUCUAAACACACAGCCUAGCACAGAGAGUGUAAAUGUCUAAACACACAGCCCAGCACAGAGAGGGUAAAUGUCUAAACACACAGCCCAGCACAGAGAGUGUACAUGUCUAAACACACAGCCCAGAGACUGUACAUGUCUAAACACACAGCCCAGCACAGGGAGUGUACAUGUCUAAACACACAGCCCAGCACAGAGAGGGUAAAUGUCUAAACACACAGCCCAGCACAGAGAGAGUAAAUGUCUAAACACACAGCCCAACACAGAGAGGGUAAAUGUCUAAACACACAGCCCAGCACAGGGAGUGUAUAUGUCUAAACACACAGCCCAGCACAGGGAGUGUACAUGUCUAAACACACAGCCCAGCACAGAGAGGGUACAUGUCUAAACACACAGCCCAGCACAGAGAGAGUAAAUGUCUAAACACACAGCCCAACACAGAGAGUGUAAAUGUCUAAACACACAGCCCAGCACAGAAAGGGUAAAUGUCUAAACACACAGCACAGAGAGGGUAAAUGUCUAAACACAUAGCCUAGCACAGAGAGUGUAAAUGUCUAAACACACAGCCCAGCACAGAGAGGGUAAAUGUCUAAACACACAGCCUAGCACAGAGAGUGUAAAUGUCUAAACACACAGCCCAGCACAGAGACUGUACAUGUCUAAACACACAACCCAGCACAGAGAGUGUAAAUGUCUAAACACACAGCCCAGCACAGGGAGUGUACAUGUCUAAACACACAGCCCAGCACAGAGAGUGUACAAGUCUAAACACAGCCCAGCACAGAGAGGGUACAUGUCUAAACACACAGCCCAGCACAGGGAGUGUACAUACCAAAGCACACAGCAAACUACAGGUACAUAGUACAGGAUUACUGACGUAUCAUUUGUUUAGAACUUUUUUAUAGUACAUACAUGUACAUUUGUACUCGGAGAACUGUAUUGUACUGACAAAAGUGUAACUGUAAAAUGUACUGAUUAUAACAGUUACUGCUGCCAUGUGUUCUAUUGAAGUUAACCAUUCCAAUCAUAUAUCGCAGUUAAAGGAAGUGAAUUUUUUUUAAAAUUUCAAUCUUUAGCUUUGUUUGCUCAGUUGCAUGCAUAUCAAUAAGCUGAUUAAGGACAUGUGCAACCUUUCUCAAUAAUAGAGAAUUUUGUGUGACAUUUCAUGUACAAUUCAGUUGCAUUCUGUCUCAUUUGUGCAAAGAAUCUUGGGGUAUGUUAUCAGCAUAUUUUGAUAGUUCCUGGUUGUUACAAGUAAAGAUGUAAAGUGGGUUCUCGUGUAUUACAGUAAGUGUAUGAAUGAACAUUGCUAUGGGAAGAAGGAGAGAAAAAUCUUUGGAAUAAUUGGAUACCAAACCAGGGACCUUUGCAGUACAUGUACUAGUAUAUGUAUACCAUUUAAUUAUAAUUACUAUAGAAAUAUGUAUACAUUGUAAUUAUAAAUAUGUAUACAUUGUAAUGAUAAAUAUGUAUGCAUUGUAAUUAUAAAUAUGUAUACAUUGUAAUUAUAAAUAUGUAUGCAUUGUAAUGAUAAAUAUGUAUGCAUUGUAAUUAUAAAUAUGUAUACAUUGUAAUUAUAAUUAAUGUAAGAAUAUGUAUACAAUUUGAUUAUUAAACUGUAUAUAUACAUUUUAAUUAUACAUUACUAUAGUACUAUAGGAAUAUGUAUACAUUUUGAUUAUAAUUAAUAUAAGAAUAUGUAUACAAUGUAAUUAUUAUUAUUAUGUAUACAUUUUUUAGGGGCAUAGACACGAUUUGAGCUGAAAAUUUUCAAUUUUUAUUUUUCCAUUUUUAUUGUUUACAAUGCUUAACUAAAGUAUUUCUGAUGGUCAAAUCAAAAUUUGAUAUCAUUUGUUGAGUUGCAAGUUGCACUCACAACUCUUUGUUAUGUAAAUAAGGCUCAUAUAUUGCUUGAUAGAAAAUAGCAUGUUUAAAAUGAGAUGUGCCAAACACUAGAAACUAUUUAAUUGUGUUCAGAAUUAACUUGUGAAUUGAAAAAAAUCUGCUCUAAACGAAACUUUUAAUAGUAUAUUUAGCCUAUGUAGAGAAAAACAUAGCAUGAGCCUUGAUUACAUCACAAAGAAUUGUGAGCUCUGUAUCUCCCAUGUACUUUGACAACUAACAAUCAGAUUUUGCUGACCAUUAGAAAUACCUUAGUUAAGCAUAAUCUAAACAUUGAAAUUGACAAAAUAAAAAUUGAAAAUUUUCAGCUCAAAUCGUGUCCAUGCCCCUUUAAUUAACUAUAGGAAUAUGUAUACAUUGUAAUUAUUAUCAUUAAUAUGUAUACAUUUUAAUCAUGAUUGAUAUAUGAAUAUGUAUACAUUGUAAUUAUAAUUACUAUAUGAAUAUGUAUACAUUAUAAUUAUUAUCAUUAUACAUGUAGACAUUUUAAUCAUAAUUGAUACUUGAUUAUGUAUACAUUGUAAUUAUUAACAUGUAUACAUUUUAAUUAUGAUUACUAUAUGAAUAUGUAUACAUUGUAAUUAUUAUCAUUAUACAUGCUAAUUAUAAUUGCUAUAUGGAUAUGUAUACAUUGUAAUUAUUAUUAACAUGUCUACAUUUUAAUUAUAAUUACUAUAUGAAUAUGUAUACAUUGUAAUUGCUAUAAAUGAAACUUGUGUAAAGCAGUAUUGGUUGACCAUUGUAGUACAAAGAGAAACCAUAGAAAGAAAGUGAAUAUAUUUACUUGUUAUUUAUAAAUGCAUAUAUUUCAUAAGGUUGGUGUUACAGAAUUGUAAUUCAUAUGUAUCUAGUAUGCAUACUUUUUACAAAUGACAUGGCUUAUCACAUUUAGGCAGUGUCUUGGAUUGAUGUAUGUAUAUCCAUUGUCAUCAAUCAAUUUUGUUUGGUUUUUGCAGUUGUUGAAUUUUUGUUUUUGCCAUUGAUCGUAAUUCUGCCUGCCAUGUCAAAGAUCAAUGCUUUUUAAUCACAUCAGUGUAUUGUUUUUAAAGUAGGCAGAUCCAUUCUACAUGGGAGUCACUGAGCCUUCUUCUUUGUUAUAAGAAAGAGUUUAAGGAUUGGGUACUAUGUUGUGCAUAUGACUAUAUUGAUAGCAAUGUAUGUUGUUAUAGACAUGUAAUUGUUUCGUUUAUUCAAUGUGUAUUACAAAAAAAAAAAAGUUUUUGUCUUAUGAAGUGCACUUCUGUUGCACAUUUAACAGUUAGGAGGAAUGGAAUUCUGUAGAAGUUGGUUAAAAGUUUUUAAAAUGCACUUGAGCACUUUCAUUCCAAAAACGUUAUUGAUUGAUAAUAACACUGUUUUUUGUAUUGUAUUGUUUAUUGGCUUACGGCUCGUCGGCUGUUUUCACAAAUUUUACUGAACAAAUCUGUAUAAAAUUUCCAAGAUAAAUUAAAGGGUAAUUUUAAGACAUAUAUUUAUAAAUGAUAUAUUUUCUUAUAAGGUCUACAAACUAUAGUGUGUCUUUAGAUAAGUGUUAGCUGCCAUAAAAUAAUGUUAAAUAUUUUAAAAAGUGCCUUUGUGAGGCUGUUCAACUUUAUUAGCUGCAAUAGAUCUAUACCAAAAUCCAA